AUGCCACGUCACGCAAAUACUGAAACAAAGCAGAUUGGUCGCGCUGUUGGCCUCGCGAAGCCACUGGCGAACGCAGCGAAGGUGACCAAGCCAGCGAAGGUGACCAAGGUGACGAAUUCGGCGAUUACAAAGAUCCUGUGUGAUCAGAAGACCCAACGCAAUCAGCAACAAUCGCCGCUCCUCCGUCUCCCCGCUGAGCUACGUAACAACAUCUACGCCGAGCUAGUGCCAAACAACAAAGUGAUAGAGAUCGGACUUUGCACUCAUAUCUCGGACUCCCUGAUGAGCACCAUUUCGCUGCCAGAUUGGGCCUACUUGGAGUCGCAAUUAGCUCUGCAACAUGUAUGUCGCCAAAUGCACAACGAGAUCGGCCACAUGUUCUACACCCAGAGCGUGUUCUGCGCCAACGACCCGGCCAUGUUGCGGCAUUGGGCUUCGAGACUCUCACACGAGCAUCGCGGUCUUGUCAGGCACCUGCAAGUGUGCCACGACUUCCGCCUGCCCGAGCCGAUCCUGAACACACUCCCAAAUCUUCGUACACUCACACUCGAAGGCCUAGUACUACGCUUGAGGAAGUUUUUCGAGAAGUCAGACAGGUCGGAUAGAAAGCACAUCUACAGAGACUUGCCACCGGUGGUCAUCGUUGUGUAUGAGCAGCUUUAUCGAGUAGGCGGUGCGUUGAAAUUCCGUGAGGUACGUUUCACGUGGGAAAAUCCGUGGAAACCCCGAGUCUGA